UUUUUUUGUUUCGCUUUUCUAAUACUCCACUUUAUUUUUUUUUUUUUUACUCCAAAACAAAAAAAAUGCUUCUUAAGGCUAUUGCUAGACCCACUACUGUUAAUAAUAUCAAGCAGGUUGCUACUCGUUCUUUUGCUUCUCAAGCACCUACUAUUCCAACCCCUGCUCCUGCUGAACAAAAGUCUAUCUUCCCUAAGAAGUAUGGAGGUAAAUAUACCGUCACCAUGAUUCCUGGCGAUGGUAUUGGCCCCGAAAUUGCCAUGUCUGUUAAGGAUGUUUUCAAAGCCGCCAAUGUUCCUGUUGAAUUUGAACAAUAUGAUGUCUCUGGUUUGACCUCUGAAGACGAUAAACUUUUCCAAGAAUCCAUUGAAUCCCUUCGUCGCAAUAAGGUCGGUAUCAAGGGUACUCUUUAUACACCUACUUCUAAACUUGGACAUAAAUCCUUCAAUGUCAUGAUGCGUAAAGACCUCGAUAUGUAUGCCUCUCUUUCUCUCUGUAAAAAUGUACCUGGUGUCAAGUCUCGUUUAAGUAAUGUAGAUAUUGCCAUCAUCCGUGAAAAUACGGAAGGUGAAUAUUCUGGUUUAGAACAUCAGUCUGUCCCUGGUGUUGUUGAAUCUCUCAAGAUCAUUACUCGUGCUAAAACUGAACGUAUUGCUCGUUUCGCAUUUGAUUUUGCUAUCAAGAAUAAUCGUAAGAAGGUUACGAUUAUCCACAAGGCUAACAUUAUGAAAAUGGCAGAUGGUCUCUUUUUAAAGACGUGUCGUGAAGUCGCUAAGGAAUAUGCUCAUCACGAUAUUGAAGUGAAUGAUAUGAUUGUCGAUAAUACUGCUAUGCAACUUGUUUCUCGUCCUCAACAAUUCGAUGUUAUGGUUAUGCCCAACUUGUAUGGUAACAUUGUUUCCAAUGUUGGCGCUGGUUUAAUUGGUAGCCCUGGUUUGAUUCCUGGUUGUAAUAUUGGCCGUGAAUAUGCCAUGUUUGAACCUGGUUGCCGUCAUGUUGCACUUGAUAUUCAAAACCAAAAUAGUGCUAAUCCUACAGCUAUGCUUUUAUCAUCUGUUAUGAUGUUGAGACACUUGAAUUUGGAUGAACAUGCUAAUAGAAUUUCUUCUGCUGUUUAUGAAACUAUUAGAACGGAUGCUGCCAAGACAGUUGAUAUUGGUGGUACCAGUACACUUAAAGAAUUCACCAGCGCUGUUAUUUCCAGAUUGUAAAGAAAGAGAAAAGAGUUCUCUCUCUCUCUUCCUUUUUCUUUAUAUUAUCAUAAAUAAAAUAAAAAAAUAAAAAAAGUAUAAUUUAAGUAGUAGUAGAAAGGAUCAAC